AUGGAUGUCCACAAGCCUGAAGACAAAAACAAUGGCGUGUGGCUGAUCUUUUUCAUGCUGGGUUUAGGAACUCUCCUGCCAUGGAGCUUCUUCAUGACAGCCACCAUGUAUUUUACCAGCCGUCUCAGAGACCCCACCCAAAUAUCAACGGACAAACCCUACGACCGUAGUCCUACGGAGGCCAGUUACAAUAACGUAUCGCCACUUUGUGCCACGGUGCCUGUACUGAUCUUCACCUGUCUCAACUCAGUCCUGCAUCACAGGAUUCCUCAAAAGUUCCGGAUCAUGGGCAGCCUGGCGGUGAUUUUGGUGCUGUUUCUUAUCACGGCCAUCGCGGUGAAAAUAGACAUGGCCGCGGGCCCUUUCUUCACAUUAACCAUGAUCAAGAUUGUUAUCAUAAACUCCUUUGGAGCUAUCCUGCAGGGCAGUCUGUUUGGCAUGGCAGGCCUUCUUCCCGCCAAAUACACCACACCCAUAAUGAGUGGGCAAGGCCUGGCAGGCACGUUCGCUGCCUUCUCCAUGAUCUGUGCUAUCGCAAGUGGCUCAGCACUAAAUGAUGUUGCUUUUGGAUACUUCCUCACAGCCUGUGUAGUGAUCAUAUUGGCCAUAAUGUCCUAUGCGAUCCUCCCUAAACUGGAGUUCUAUCGAUAUUACAACAAGAGACAAAGUGGAAACAGGCUUAGUGACGCGGUGAACAGGCUGGACGAAAAUGCUGCAACGACUACACCAGUUCUCAAACAAGGAGAAGAGGAACAAACCGUGUCCAUGUUGACCAUCUUCAAGAAGAUCUGGGUCCUGGCUCUCUCUGUGUGUUUUGCCUUCACCGUCACCAUCGGUGUCUACCCUGCUGUCACGGUGGAUGUCAAGUCUACCGUCGCUAAUGGAGGCGCCUGGGAGAUGUACUUCAUCCCCGUGUGUUGUUUCCUGCUCUUUAACCUGAGCGACUGGGCCGGGAGAAGCCUCACUGCUGUGUGCACGUGGCCUGGGAAGGACAGCAAACUGGUGCCCAUUUUUAUGGUAGCCCGUGUGAUCUUUGUGCCUCUCUUCAUGCUGUGCAACGUUCAGCCCCGCUACAACCUGCCUGUCGUCUUUCCACACGACGCCUGGUUCAUCGUCUUCAUGCUCCUCUUCGCCUUCUCCAGCGGAUACCUGGCCAGCCUCUGCAUGUGCUUCGGGCCCAAAUUAGUUGCUCCUCAUGAGGCAGAGACUGCUGGUGCCAUCAUGGCAUUCUUCCUGUCCCUGGGUUUGGCUCUGGGAGCAUCCUUCUCAUUCCUCUUCAGAGCCAUAGUCUAAAAUAGCACAAUGUGGGGAGCAUGCAUAACCCAAACAUAACUAACUUUUUUUUUUAAAUGCUACAAUGACUGUCGUUGCAAACUGCCACGUCUGUAUUCAUUUUGAAACGUUAGGCCACACCCUUGCGUUCCUUACACUGACACUUAGUCUUUUCUUACUAGCACAGACUUUGCUGACAGCUGCUGUGACUGUGGUAUGGUUGUCUCACCUAGCUACCUGUAGAUGAAUGCACUGACUGUGAUAUGUGGUUGUCUCACCUAGCUACCUUAACAUGAAUGCACUAACUGACGGUGAUAUGUGGUUGUCUCACCUAGCUAUCUGAAGAUGAAUGCACUAACUGACUAUGACAUGUGGUUGUCUAACCUAUCUAUGCACUAAAUGUAAAGGAAUCCGCAUACAUAGGUUUGGUUUGCACCUCGCAGAACUCGGGUAGGCAUGGCGACCAUCUGUGCUCUCAUACUCCCUAAAGACCUUCGCUUGAAAAACAAGAAAAAAAAAACUGCAAUUUUACCAUUUGUCCCUCUUGAGCCACCGUAGCAACAACAUAGCCAGGAACACUUCCUCAAAAUAGUCCAAAUUAAUCUAACUCAAGAAAUCUGUCAUUAAUUAUGAUGUUUUUGGUCUUAGUCACAGCAAUUUUACAUCUAGCCAUGAUGAUGUUUGGUGCAAUAUUUCUCAAAUGAAGAAAUGUGCAUGAAAACUGUCUCUCUCGUUGAAAGACUUCAUGUUCCCAUUCCUCCUAGGUGUAGUACUGUUGACCAAUCACUGACUGUUUUGACUGGGAAGCAUACGGUAAGUGUAAGUCGCUCUGGAUAAGAGCAUCUGCUAAAUGACAAAUGUUACUUCCAGUAGUGUAAUGGUAUGUGGUCUCAAUGUAGUGUCCCAAAUACAGUACUUUCAAUUUGAAUUAUGAUGGAAUAAACACUAAGCAGCCUUCAAAAAAGCCUACUUUAAGGUAGAAGUCGACGAGGAAAAGAAUGCUAUACCUAGUGUGGUAUUGUUACGAAACCAAUAAGUAGCACUAAAAAUAAAACUUCAAAAAUCAUGCCUAAACUCAAGAUUCCAAACUCAAAACAAAAAGCAGUCGGCUCUCCAAGCUGCACUCUGAUUGUCAAUCACCUUAAUUGGACACAGCUGGGUAGUUACCAAGGCUUAGCUCAGCACCUCUACCGCCACCUGGUGAUAAAGUGUGGAAGUGUCUCCUGGAUAGUGUGUUUGUCUAGGUCCUAACAUUAACCCCCCCCCCCCGGAGCUACACGGAGCCCACCGCAUUGUUACAAAAUGAGGCAAACGGAGAUGCGAUACACAGCUCAAUUUGGUCUCUGUGCCUCCGGAGGCCCGAAAUUGCAUCACACCCUCCAUGACGCCUCCGACCACAUUUUCAGAUCAACGUAAAAAUCGGCUUUAAAUACUUGCACUAGUCUUUUCUUACUGACACUGACUUUGCUGACAGCUGCUUGAGGAAAUUGUGUACUUUAAUUAUAUGACUGUAAUAUGUGGUUGUCUUAACCUUGCUACGUUAAGAUUAAUGCACUAAAUUACUCUGGAUAUGCUUGUCUGCUAAAUGAUUGAAAGGGAAGGUAAUGGGGC